AUGUGGUCUCGUUUUGAAUCCCUACGACGCCUGUCGGCCAACGUAUCUAAAUUGGCCGCCACAAGAAACGCAACAGCGCCAGCGUCUAACCUAUUGCUUCACACGAGUGCGGCCUGCCAAGAUAUACCCUUUCGGGAAGAUUCGGAAAUAGAACGCGAUGUCAGGCGAUUCUUGGGGAAACGGCCUCACGAACCACCGAGCGUACUUGUGAUACUCUGCGGCUGCGGCGACACCAAAGGUAGCUCCACACUCGAAACCGAAUCCCUGAUCGUGAAUCUGCAUCGUUACGGAUUGUAUGCAGCCGUCUUCGCGCCGUCUCAAUUGAUAAGGAGAGAAUGGGAUUUCGAUGCCAAUAGUUUCAAGAGCCAUGAACUCCAAGCACGCAGAGCCCAUGUCGAGUCCGCCCGUCUUGUCCUCGGCCACAGUGUAAAGGAGUUCCAUAAUCUGAAGGAUUUCAGGCAGUACGAUGCACUCGUUAUUCCCGGUGGCGCCGGGGUCGGCUUCGUUCUAAGCGAUUUUCUCGUUCGAGGCGACGCAGGCCAUGUAGAUCCGUAUGUUCGAUCUGCAAUCCAAGAUUUCCACAGUAACAAAAAACCGAUCGGCACCAUAUCUUACGCUGGUCUUCUGGUAGCUAAGGUGAUACCAGGAGUACAAAUCACCAUGAGACGGCCAGCUAAUACAGACGAGGACUGGAGCCACGAUCUCCCGCAAAAAGCGAUCGACCUCGCACGUGCAUGGCACGCGGAGCACAUGGAAGUGCCGACCUCUGAGAUCUGGAAGGACAAGCUGGCAACCGUUUACAGCACGCCCGGUUUUACUAUCAGGACGGAUCCUCGUUCGGCGGUUUUCGAUGGCAUCGGUAAACUCGUCGAAGCGAUAAAGCGAAAAAUUGAUUAA